CUAACUGGCCCCCAACCUUCCCUCGUUCCCAAAAAAAUAGAAAACCCAUCUUCCACACUCCAUUCCUUUGCCAGCAACAAACCCAAACCAUUCAAUUCAAUACUCAUUCAUCACAUUUCAAAUUUCAAUGGCUACUCAAAACCCUACUCGAAGAGCUUCACUCUACCCUGAAGUCAUCGAUUCCAACCCCGAUGCUCCAUCGCAUCCUUCUUCCUCUUCUCAAUCAAAUCUCUACCCUUCAAUCGACUUCAACGACCUCGUUAACAAUCUCUUCCCGGACGAUGUCCCCGCUGUCGAAUCUCCUAAUUCUCCCUCAGCACCACUGGAAACCACCGAGGAGAUUCUCGUUAAGAUCCCCGGCGCGAUUCUCAACCUCAUUGAUAAAGAAUACAGUGUCGAACUCGCUUCCGGUGACUUCUCCGUCGUCCGUCUCCGUCAGGGAGAGAACUCCAUCGCUGUAUAUGCUCGAAUAGCUGACGAGAUCCAAUGGCCUCUUGCGAAAGAAGAAACCGCAGUCAAAGUUGAUGAUUCUCACUACUUCUUCUCAUUCCUCGCACCCAAGGGUUUCGAUGAACACGAAGACGAAGACGAUCGUCGGAAGAAAACUGACAUCAACUCCGAUUUGUUGAGCUAUGGUUUAACAAUCGCGUCGAAAGGGCAAGAGAGGUUAUUGAAGGAGCUAGACACGAUUCUAGCGAAUUGCAGUAAUUUCUCUGUGCAGAAGGUUUCGGAGAAGGCGAAGAAGAAGGGAGAGGCUUUGGAUGGAUCAAUGGCGAAGGAGAUUUCGCCGAAGGAUUUGGAGUCGAAGAAGAAGAAGGAGAUAAUGGAGGGGCAAUGUGCGGCGUAUUGGACUACUUUGGCUCCGAAUGUGGAGGAUUAUAGUGGAAGUGCUGCGAGGUUUAUAGCUUCGGGUUCUGGGCAUGUGAUUAAGGGGAUUUUGUGGUGUGGGGAUGUUACUAUGGACAGGUUGGAAUGGGGGAAUAAGGUUAUGAAGAAAAGGAUGGCUUCUGGUUCGCGUGCUACUGAGAUUAGUCCUGAAACCUUGAAGCGGAUUAAAAGGGUCAAGAGAGUGACUAAAAUGACAGAGAAAGUUGCAAAUGGAUUGCUCUCUGGGGUCGUGAAAGUGUCUGGAUUUUUUACUAGUUCAGUGGUAAACUCAAAGGCCGGAAAGAAAUUCUUCAGCCUUUUACCGGGGGAAGUUGUGCUUGCAUCAUUGGAUGGAUUCAGUAAGGUGUGCGAUGCUGUCGAAGUAGCUGGAAAAAAUGUCAUGUCAACGACAUCCACUGUGACAACUGAACUUGUUGACCACAGAUAUGGAGAACAAGCUGCUCACGCAACAAGUGAAGGGCUUGAUGCUGCGGGUCAUGCUUUGGGUACUGCUUGGGUUGCAUUUAAGAUUAGGAAGGCUAUUAAUCCUAAGAGUGUUAUUAAACCUACCACCUUGGCUAAAUCUGUUGCUAAAGCCGCAGCUUCCGAUUAUAAGUCUAGUAAGUCCAAAUAAUUUAUGGUGGAUGCUCUUGCAAUUUAGUUUAGGUUUGGCCAUCCUGCCAUCAAAAUCUGUUGUUUUCAGCUUUAAAUUACCCACUUUUUCUUAGGAAGGAAGUGGAGGGGCAUGACAUGAUUUGUUGUAUUGUGGUUUGCUUUUCUGUGCAUGUGUGGUAGACUUUGUCCUGAUUUUUGUAACAGUAUAUAAUCGAUUGAAAAACGUUCUCAUGUAAAGAUCAACAAUGUCUUGUUGUAAUUUGUUAGCUUCACUCAUUAAAUUGAA